AUGACAGACUCUGUGAUGGAAGUUGACAACCCUGGGGCUGCCAUCACGGAGCUCCAGAAUGGCGAAAUCGAUGAAUCUCUCUACAGCCGACAACUCUACGUCCUGGGCCACGAGGCUAUGAAGCGGAUGGGCGCUUCGAAUGUACUCAUCGUCGGGCUGAAGGGCUUGGGCGUCGAGAUUGCAAAGAACAUUGCUCUGGCCGGCGUCAAAUCUCUGACCUUAUUCGAUCCUAACCCCGUUGCCAUUGCCGACCUUUCCUCCCAAUUCUUCCUGCGUCCUGAAGAUGUUGGCAAGCCCCGAGCAGAAGUGACUGCGCCACACGUGGCCGAGCUCAAUUCCUACACUCCCGUCGCUGUCCACAAAGCGAAGGCGUUGACGGAUGACCUGAGCCAACUCAAAAAAUUCCAGGUCGUCGUGCUUACAACUACAUCUCUGAAAGACCAACUUACAAUCUCCGACUAUUGCCACCAGAACGGCAUUUACCUGGUGAUCGCUGACACAUUCGGCCUCUUCGGCUACAUCUUCACCGACUUUGGGAAGGACUUCACCGUGGGCGACGUUACUGGAGAGAACCCAAUCAGCGGCAUCAUCGCAGAUAUUGAUGAGACUGGUCUGGUGUCGGCUCUGGAUGAGACACGACACGGACUGGAAGAUGGCGACUAUGUUGAGUUUGCAGAAGUCAGAGGCAUGGAUGGUCUCAAUGGAGCCCCUCCUCGGAAGAUCACCGUCAAAGGCCCGUAUUCUUUCUCUAUCGGUGACGUCUCGGGAUUGGGCAAGUAUGAAGGCGGUGGUCUUUUCGCCCAGGUCAAGAUGCCGAAGGUCCUACAAUUCCAGUCCCUGUCAGAACAGAUCAAAAAGCCAGAGUUCCUCAUAUCCGAUUUCGCAAAGUUUGAUCGACCAGCAAAACUCCACGUUGGCAUUCAAGCUCUCCAUGCUUUCAAAGAAAACAAGGGCACCUUACCUCGUCCCCAUAAUGAAGAAGACGCGAAGGAAGUCCUGGAGAUCACGAAGAAGCUGGCAAAGGAGAGCGCUGAAGAGGUUGAAGUCGAUGAGAAAUUGAUCACGGAAUUGAGCUAUCAAGCGCAGGGUGACCUCAGUCCCAUGGCUGCGUUCUUUGGCGGCCUCACCGCGCAGGAAGUGCUAAAGGCCGUGUCUGGAAAGUUCACACCAAUUGUACAGUGGAUGUAUUUUGAUUCUCUGGAGUCCCUUCCUACUUCUGUGAACCGGAGCGAGGAACUUUGCAAGCCCACGGGCUCACGAUACGAUGGCCAGAUCGCGGUCUUUGGCAAGGAGUUUCAAGAGAAAAUCUCCAACGUGAAGAACUUCCUGGUUGGCGCAGGCGCCAUUGGAUGUGAGAUGCUGAAGAACUAUGCGAUGAUUGGCCUGGGUACCGGUCCCAACGGUCAUAUCACGGUCACCGAUAAUGACUCCAUCGAAAAGAGCAACCUCAACCGCCAAUUCUUGUUUCGGGCGAAAGACGUUGGAAAGCAAAAGAGCGAGGUUGCAGCUGCAGCCGCUCAGGCAAUGAACCCCGACCUGAAGGGGAAGAUCACGACCAUGACAGAUCGCAUCGGGCCGGACAGCGAAGACAUCUUCAAUGAAGCGUUCUGGAACCAACUUGACAUUGUCACCAAUGCUCUGGACAACGUCGAGGCCCGAACGUAUGUCGAUCGACGAUGCGUGUUCUUUAUGAAGCCACUUCUGGAGAGUGGCACACUCGGAACAAAGGGCAAUACCCAAGUCAUUCUCCCGCGCCUGACCGAGUCGUACUCCAGCUCGCAAGAUCCGCCUGAACAAUCCUUUCCCAUGUGUACUCUGCGAAGCUUCCCCAACAAGAUCGAGCACACUAUCGCCUGGGCACGAGACUUGUUCCAGUCCUACUUUGUGGGACCGCCUGAGACUGUCAACCUUUACAUGUCGCAGCCGGACUACAUCAACACCACGCUGAAGCAGCAAGGCAACGAAAAGUUGAUCCUUGACAGUCUCAAAGAAUUCUUGGUUACUGACAAACCAAGCGAUUUUAACGACUGCAUUGCUUGGGCUCGGAUGCAAUUCGAGAAGCAAUACCAUAACGCUAUCGCGCAGUUGCUCUACAAUUUCCCCAAGGACUCCAAGACAUCCAGUGGCGCCGACUUUUGGUCUGGACCAAAGCGUGCUCCGACGCCGCUCAAUUUUGAUCCUUCGGACGAGACGCAUAUGGGAUUCGUUGUUCACGGGGCAGCCCUCCAUGCUUACAACUAUGGCAUUCCGGUUCCGCAGCUCAAAUAUGAAGAUUACGUGAAAGUUUUAGACAGCAUGAUCAUACCCGAAUUCAAGCCAGACGCGAAUGUGAAGAUCCAAACUGACGAGAAAGAGCCGGACCCCAACGGACCAGCACCGACGUUUGCGGAUGACGCCGAAGAGUUAGACAAAAUUGUGGCCGAGUUGCCCACUCCCAAGAGUAUGCCUGGUUUCCGGCUCAACGUUGUGGAGUUUGAGAAGGACGACGACACAAAUCACCACAUUGACUUCAUUACUGCCGCGAGCAAUCUCCGCGCAAUGAACUACAACAUCCCGAUUGCCGACCGUCACAAGACGAAGUUCAUUGCCGGCAAGAUCAUUCCUGCUAUCGCCACCACGACCGCACUCGUUACGGGACUGGUGGUGCUAGAGCUGUUCAAGGUGGUGGACGGCAAGACGGAUCUCGAACAGUACAAGAACGGCUUCGUCAAUCUUGCAUUGCCGUUCUUCGGAUUCAGUGAACCGAUCGCCAGUCCCAAGGGCACCUACCAAGGCAAGGACGGCGAAGUGACGAUCGACAAGCUCUGGGAUCGCUUUGAGGUAGAGGACAUUACGCUGACCGAAUUUCUGGCACAUUUCGAAAAGCUUGGACUGAGCGUGACGAUGGUGAGCUCUGGAGUCAGCUUGCUGUACGCCAGUUUCUACCCGCCCAGCAAGACCAAGGAUCGCCUGCCACUCAAGAUGAGCAAGUUGCUCGAGACUAUCAGCCGCAAACCGAUCCCAGAUCACCAGAAGAACAUCAUCUUCGAGAUUACUGCCGAGGACACGACCGAAGAAGAUGUUGAGAUUCCUUAUGUCAUGGUGAAGUACAAGACAGACUGA